AUGAGCUUUCAAGAGACCAAGUCAGAUUUUUACCCGCGUGAUGACCUUCAUAAUUUCUAUCCUUACAUAUGCCAUACAGGAAAUGAAAAAAUAAUUAAUAACUCGCAUAAUGAUCGAACGCUAUAUGGUGCAAGUGAUAUGUUAAAUUUAGAAAAAUCGCAUAAAAAUAAUGAUAUAAAUUAUAUUAAUAAAAUGUACAACAAAACGCAACUAUACUACCCACAUGAUAGAACAAUUCAAAAUGAUGCAACCAACGUGUUUUCAAACUCAUUUUAUGAAACUAAAGAACAUUUAAAUAAGCAUAUAACAGUAAGUAAUGGGAAUAGUCGUGAUAAAAAAAUAUUUCGGAAAAAUGCCUGUACGCAUAGUUGUAACAGAUAUUAUAACUGCCCAGUUGAUAUUGGCGAUAGUGACAAUAUGAAUUGUGUACAUAAUAAAAAUAAUAAAGGGAAAAGUAAAAUUAAGCUGAAGUAUCACUGUGAUGAUUAUGACGAUGAUAAUUAUAACGACAGCGGUGAAAGUGACGAUUAUGAUAGAGUUAGUAGGAAUAAGGAUUAUAGUUCUUGCUAUGAAAACUCACACAAAUAUACAUCAAAAAAGGAAGGUAGAAAUAAAACAGUAAUACAUAUUACAACUGAUCAUAACUUAAGUGAAGAUGAUUGUAGAAUGUACAAUGAUGAAAAUAUACUUAAUUCCGAAAAAAAAAAAAAAAAAAGACCUAGAAAAAAAUUUAUGGGGAAAUACCUUUUUUCCGAAAUAAAAAAUUGCUUCCGCUCCCCAUGGAAUGUGAAUGAUAAAUCUCGUCCAUUUUUAACUCGUCCUAAUCUUAAGUGUUUUCAUUACCUAAUAACGGAAAAGGAAAAGGAGCACAGGGGUAGAAAACCAGAAAUUUUCGUUCGGUUUUAG